CUACAUCUCAACAUCCUCUCUUACGUGCUCCUUCUACGCCUGUUUCAUCAUCAUCAGUACUAUCAUCAUCAUCUUCUUCUUCUCAUUCUGAUGAUGCAGGAGGAGAUCAAGGAACUUCUGCGAGGACUGCCGUGGAACAAGGGACGAGUUUGAAGACGCGUAGUGCGUCGCCAUCCUCCGGUCGUGCAGCACAAGAGCCACUUUUUCGAGAUCCUCGAGCCCCCCAAGUAGAAGAACGCGGCCUUCUACAACCGGUCUACUCAUCUUCGCCUGGAGAUAGCGCAAAGUCGUCUUACCCGCCGAGCACGAC